UUUGCACACACACCUCACUGAUCCAUACAGCAGGACUAUUUCCUCUACCUCUAAUCUUUUCAGAGAGGCUACCUCUGGCCUAUCCCUGGUUAUUCAGGGGCCCCUGUGAUAACCCCCUGCACACAGAGAUGUCCCCAGGCCUGGCUGCUCUGACAGUGGGCUGUGACUCAGGGGACCUGGGCUCCCUGUCCCGUGUGCAGCUCCUGCUUCUGGACCGGUCGGACCCUGUGGAGCCCCACUGGCUCGCUGGUCAGGACAUGUACUCCCCAACAGAAGACGGAACAACAGGCCACAUAGCGGCACUCCGAGCCAGAAGACCUCUUAGUCCAACGCUAUAUACUACAGGCGUCCUGCAGCCCCUCACAGCUGGCAGCUGUGGAGACGGCAGUGUGUCUGAGAGGUGUGUCGCCACAGGCAAAGUCCAGGGACAGGGUGAGCACACAAUGCAGUCCCACACCGAGGAUGGUUCCAGGUCACCAUCGUCAUGGAUCAGUGAUUCCAGUCCGCCAGGCACCAUAUCUGGGUCCACCAGUUCCCCAUGCGAGUCCUGCUGUGAUGGGGAGGAGUCCGAGGGAAGUGACCAAACCAGCCAGGCCCUUACCACCUUAAAUGACAGGGGCCCCAGCCCAGACCAGGGGGUUCCAGUGAAGGAGGAGCCUGGUUGCCCUGAUCGGGGGGAGCGAGGCUGGGCUUCCAUAGGGGCCAGGAGAAGGCCCGGGAGGCUGGAGCGCAGGAUGAGGGAGAAGGAGCGAAAAAGGGAGGAGAGAAAGACAAAGGUGCUAAACAUCUACUCCAGACUCCAGGACAGCGGGCCCCUCCAGCCCAGCCACAACAGGGGCCGCUCCAGGUUUGAGGACUUCGACUUCUUGGCAAAGUAUUGCAUUUUCAGCCAGGAGAAGCUGGCAGAAUACAAAAGGGCUUUUGAAGCACGAUGCUGA